AUGACAAACCUCGUGUUGGAGGCGUACGACGGACGAACUGAUCCACAAGAUCAUCUGCUACGUUUCGAUGUGAAGAUGGCGAUAAGCGCGGUUUCUGAUGCGGUAAAGUGUAGAAUGCUUUCGUCCACAUUCCGAGGCGCAGCAAUGACCUGGUUUAUGGCCCGGCCACAGGGAUCCAUAAAGAAGUUCCGCGACUUUGCGUCGAAAUUCCUAAGCCAGUUCUCUGCCGGCGAGGUCGAGGAUCUAUUUCAGAUUCGACAGGCAGAGCGAGAGACGUUGAAGUUGUACGUGGAACGGUACAGCGCCGCGUCCGUAAGAUUUGAAGAGGCGGACCCUCGGACAUGCGUAUGCGCUUUUAAGAGCGGAUUGUCGUCUGGAAAGCUAAGCUGCGAGCUGAAUCGGAGACUAGCGCGCUCGAUGACAGAGGUAUGCACCCGAGCAAGAAAUCACAUCAUGGAAGAAGAAGACGACGCAUGUAAGAGGAAACGGUUGAAGGCAGCAAAGGUGUCGCUGGCGAGGAAACGGAUACAGGACGAGGAAGCAAGUAAUGUGCUGAAGGUUAAGGAAGUUGGCCAAUUAAUUAAAGAAUUCAGGGGAAAGCGUUCUCGGGGGGCAACUAACUUUCGCCAACGAAAGAGGCCAAAGGGGAGCGCGGGCGAUGAAUCGGAAAAGUCACUCCUGGAGGCGGCAGUUGUGGAAACAGGCGAGGAUGGCGAGCACGGAAUCGACCCCUGGCACGACGUCAAGGGCCGGUCCAAGUGGUGUGAAUAUCAUAACUUGGGGAGCCAUAACACCAGUGACUGUUUAUCUCUGAAGGGCCAAAUUAGGCGGUUGAUCAAGGCGAGGCAACCACUGGUUACAGAAUAUGGGUUGUACAAGGACAACAUGAAGCGAGCGCCAAAUGCGAGAGGUGAGAAGGUAAAUAUGGCGAGGGGAAAGGAAGCCAAGGAAGACAUUGACGACAGGGGUGGAGCGAUAGCCAGAGUGGUUAAUGCAAUCACAGGGGGCCUUACGGCGACAUCGUCACAUCAGCGGCAGGGGAAAAGCGGGAAGAGGCGGCGGCAUCGGUCCAGGGAUAUCCUGCUCCAUUCGGAUGCCAACAUCCAGAUAUAG